ACCGGAAAAUCAACAUUUUCACUUCCACGCGGUCCUCUCCGAGUGUCUUCCCUCCGGUCUUUUCCUCCUUUCAUGCCUUGAAACCCAAAAACCUCCAACAAGUCAGAGCUUCUGCAUCCCCAUCGUCCGGACAUGUCGUGGGACUUCUUCACCGGCGUGUUCUCGUCCCUGGUCACCCUGUUCUCCCUGCAGAUCCUGGCGAGCAUAUACCGCGGGCGUAGGAGCCGAGAACUGGCCGUCGGCUUCUUCCACCCCUACACCAACGACGGCGGCGGCGGUGAGAGGGUCCUCUGGUGCGCCGUCAAGGCCGUCCAGGAGGAGUGUCCCGAUCUUCGCUGCGUAGUCUACACCGGCGAUCGCGGCACCUCCCCCUCCAGCCUCAUGGCUCGAGCCGCAGAUCGCUUCGGGGUCGAGCUCCUUUCCCCACCCCAGGUUGUUCACUUACGCACGAGGAAGUUGGUUGAAGCAUCAACUUACCCAUACUUCACGAUGAUGGGUCAGAGUCUUGGUUCCAUGUUUCUUUCGUGGGAAGCCCUGUGCAAGCUAACUCCAGUCGUCUACUUCGACACAAGCGGAUAUGCAUUCACAUAUCCAAUUGCUAGAAUGUUUGGGUGCAAAGUGAUCUGCUAUACUCAUUAUCCCACUAUAAGUUUGGAUAUGCUGUCUCGAGUUCGCAACCGGAGUUCUCUGUACAACAACAAAGCUAGAAUUGCUGAUAGUAUUUGGCUAUCCCGAUGUAAAAUCAUCUAUUAUGCACUCUUUAGCUGGAUGUAUGGGUUAGUGGGCUCGUUCACUCAUCUUGCUAUGGUGAAUUCUUCAUGGACGCAGUCACACAUUCUAAAGCUCUGGGGGGUUCCAAAUUGUACAAAGCGAGUGUAUCCUCCAUGUGACACAUCAGGACUUCAGGCACUUCCCCUUGAAAGACCAGUUGAAACUCCUACGUUCAUAUCGGUCGCACAAUUUCGUCCAGAAAAGGCACAUGGUCUGCAACUCGAGGCCUUCUCUCUUGCUCUCAAGAAAUUAGAUCGCAACUUGCCUAGGCCUAAGCUCCAGUUCGUAGGUAGUUGUCGGAAUAAGUCAGAUGAGGAUAGACUUAAGAAUCUGAAAGACAGAGCUUUUGAACUUGGGGUGGAAAGGGAUGUGGAGUUUUAUAAGAAUAUAAAGUACAGGGACUUGGUGGAACUUCUGGGACGUGCCACUGCAGGGCUUCAUUCUAUGAUUGAUGAGCAUUUUGGUAUAAGCGUUGUGGAGUACAUGGCAGCAGGAGCCAUCCCAAUCGCUCAUAAUUCUGCUGGGCCGAAGAUGGACAUUGUUUUGGAAGAGGAUGACCAGCAAACCGGAUUUCUUGCUCAAGAUGUUGAAGAGUAUGCUGACACCAUCCUCAAGGUCAUAACGAUGCCCGAAUCUCAGAGGCUUAAGAUGGCUGCUGCCGCGAGAAAGCGCGCUGGCAGAUUCUCUGAGGAAAGAUUUUACCGCGAUUUCAAAGCUGCAGUCUGCCCGGUCCUCUGCUGACUCAGGUUGCUAAAGUACAUAAGGCAAAAUUGGGAACCGAAAAUGAAGUUUUCGGGGCGAAGAAAAAGCGAGCACGGUUCCCUUUGGUAAAGGAGAAGAUCAAGUAAAGGGAAAAGGUGAAGAUGCGCUCCAACCCUUUAACUGAAGAAACAAAUCAUCUCUCUGUAGGAAAACUGCUUCUGGCGUUUUGGGAAUCCGACCCUUUCCUUUGCUCCACAGGGCUGAGUUUGCAGUUUAUUGAGGAUCUCCAGAUUGAGUAGGAAACUGAUAGAUCCAUUCUCACACUAAUGUUUCAAUACAUAGAUCAUUCCUCGGGGCAACGGCAAAUGAAAGUAGAUAUAAUUCUGAGUUUCCUUAGGGCCCGACUUAUUGAUAUUCGGGGCUUUCCGCAGUGGGGAAAAUUCAGCACCAGAUAUGAAAUACUGUGACAGUACCUUAACCGUGAAACAGGAAAGUAUGGGUUAUAUGAGUGACCCACCAUGAAUGUAUACUGAGUAGUAAUUUAAGGAAACUGGCCACCGAACUGUAAAUUUGGGCAAUUAGUCCCUCUUACUAUGCGAUUUUUACAAAUUGCCCCCCGAGGAGCGGCUGCCAGCCUCCACUGGUCUCUGAUGUUUCUGGCAAGUCGAUCCUCUUGUCUGGGGCUUGGCUGGA